UAUCUAUUAUAGCACUAUUGUUUUUCUCGCCAUAUUUCCCCCCUGUUUAAAAAAAAAAAAAAAAGUCCUCGCCAUCAUUUCGCUUAUCACUCUCCAGUUCAAAAUUCUAGGGUUUUCUCAAAUUCAAAAUUCCCCAUUUUACAUUUUCUUCAAUUCGCCGAUCGUCAACCCGCCCGCGGAUAAUUACCUGCGAAAAUGUACUGUCAAUUUCCGGCUUGGAAAUUCGAGCCAUUUCUAUAGCUAUUUUUGAAUUUCUCGCUAAUUCGUCAAAGGUAUUAUCAAUUAUGGCUUAUUAACCUUGUGAUUUGUUUCAAAUUAUCGGAUUAAUUUUGUAUAAUCCUCCACAUUUUGUGUAGUUAUAGUGUUAGUUUAGCGUUUUUUUAAUUUGCUUGGGAGGGGAAUUUGUGGAUAUGAUUAAGCAGUUUUUGGGGAAGCUUCCUCGGAAGCCGUCAAAAUCGUCGUCGUCUCCUAACGAGUCGAAUCAUAAUGAAGUUUCGGCAUUUUCAUCGCUGAACUCGAAUUCGAAUUCAAACAGUUACGGUGUUACUAAUAAUAGUGGGAGUAACUCUAAGGGGUUAGGGAAUAGGGGGAAAAUGUCAAAUUCGAUGAGUUCGGGUAUGCCUCAGGUUACUAGUAAUGGGAAUCAUGGGAAAAAGGCGGUUCGGGUCAAUGGGCAGGUGGGACCGUUAGGUAUGGAUUCUGCGGUGUCGUAUGAGGUUUUACCGGGUUUUAGAGAUGUUCCGAGCUCGGAAAAGCAAAAUCUUUUGAUUUGGAAGUUACAAAUGUGUUGUGUAUUGUUUGAUUUUGGUGAUCCUAUGAAGAAUCUGAAGGAGAAGGAUGUUAAGAGGCAGACAUUGCUUGAAUUAGUUGAUUAUAUUUCAUCUGUGGGUUCGAAGUUUAAUGAAGUCACGAUGCAAGAAAUAACAAAAAUGGUUGCUAUCAAUUUGUUUAGGACAUUACCUUCAUUUAAUCAUGAUAAUGGGCUGCUGGAUAUGUUUGAUCCUGAAGAGGAUGAGCCUACGAUGGAACCCUCGUGGCCUCAUCUUCAGGUUGUUUAUGAGCUCCUUUUGCGAUUUGUGGCUUCAGUGGAGACGGAUGCGAAGCUUGCAAAAAGAUACAUUGACCACUCUUUUGUCUUGAGAUUGCUUGAACUGUUUGAUUCAGAGGAUCAACGGGAGCGCGAAUACUUGAAAACAAUUCUUCAUCGCGUAUAUGGGAAGUUCAUGGUGCAUAGGCCAUUUAUCAGGAAAGCCAUAAAUAAUAUAUUUUACCGGUUUAUCUUUGAGACUGAGAAGCACAAUGGAAUUGCAGAAUUGCUGGAGAUCUUGGGCAGUAUAAUCAAUGGAUUUGCACUGCCUUUAAAGGAAGAGCACAAACUUUUUCUUGUCCGUGCAUUGAUCCCCCUUCACAAACCUAAGUGCGUAGCCAUGUACCACCAACAACUCAUGUAUUGCGUCACGCAGUUUGUGGAGAAAGACUUCAAGUUGUCUGACACCGUGAUCAGAGGAAUCCUAAAAUACUGGCCAGUAACCAAUAGUGGUAAAGAGGUCAUGUUUCUUGGUGAGUUGGAGGAAGUUCUGGAAGCUACCCAGGCUGCAGAGUUUCAGCGGUGCAUGGUCCCCCUGUUCCGUCAGAUUGGUCGUUGUCUCAACAGCUCUCAUUUUCAGGUAGCUGAACGUGCUCUGUUCCUGUGGAAUAACGAUCACAUAAGAAAUCUGAUCAUUCAGAAUCGUAAUGUGAUUUUACCCUUAAUUUUUCCACUCUUGGAGAAAAACACCCAUGGUCACUGGAACCAAGUUGUUCAAAGUCUGACGUUGAAUGUAAGGAAGAUCUUUUCAGAUGCUGAUCAAGCAUUUUUUGACGAGUGUUUAGAGAAUUUCCAAGAAGAUGAGAUAAGAAACAAGGAGGCACAGGAGAAGCGGGAAUUGAUCUGGAAACGCUUAGAAGAUGUAGCAGCUUCCAACUUUGUGAGUAAUGAGGCUGUGCUCGUCUCUAGAUGUGCUUCUUCUGUUGUCAUUGCCAACAACACCAAUUAACGACAAAUUUGGGUAGUUGAACCAUAGAUGUAGGCCCAAGAAUUGUAUUUUGUUACUUGGUGCCCAUAUCCAUGGUGUGUUGCUUAGCUGCCAGAUGAUGAAGGUGAUAAUAUUUUCCGUGGAUACCAAGUUUCUCUAAUAUUUCUCUAUGCUUUUUUGGGGCUGUGAGAAGGGGGCAGGUGCUCAGCUCAUUGCUUUUGAUCUCAUCUGCAUGGGGCAUUUGUAUUAUAAAUAUUUAAGGUCUCAGAUAGGGGCUCUUGGAAUUUCUGAUAAAUAUUUAUUUGGUUAUAUUUAUCAAAAAAAAAAAAAAAAAGAAAUGUUAUUUUA